AUGUUAAAAGAAUUAGAAAAAUAUAGUGUCCCUGAUAAUUUUACUGGAACACGUCUCAAAACUGCUUGCACAUAAAUUAUUGAUAGUUGGGUAGCUUUGAAUCUUGCAUUUGAACAUUAAACCUAAACAAUCUAAGAGAGUCCUGAAAAUAUCAAAAAGUUAUUGGCUUAUUAGUUAGCAGCAUAUAUUUAUAAUUGUGAGACUGAAAUAGAGGAUUUAGUAUAGUUUUUAUCAGUUUAUUUGGAAGACUACUUAUAAUUGAUAAUUUAAGAUAAUUCAGAUCACUAUGUAAUAUAUUUAAUUAUGAUAAGAUUGCGUAAAGACUGUUAGAUGUAUUUACUGAUUUGGAAUAAGAUAAAGAAACAAAGUAUUUAUAGUUGCUUCAAGAUAUCAAAGUUUAUAAUGAGUAGAACUAAAAUGUUAAACAUGUGGCUAAUAUUUAAGAUUCAGAUAACGAUUCUGAAAAUGAAGAACCUCCUUAAUUGGUGUAAUCAUAGCAAUAGUAGAUGCAAGUUGAAGAAGAAGAAGAUGAUGUUGAUUCUGAUGGAUAUGAAACAGUUAAACCGAAAAGAAGGUACAAUAAGCGUAAUUGAUGAAUGUUUGGCUUUAUAAAUUUUAUUGUUUAAUUG